AUGGAGAUGGGGAAACAGAUGGAAUGUCUCCUCGGCCUUGGGAAUGGACACAGAAACUGCUCCAGGGUGACAGAGUUCAUUCUCCUCGGAUUUGCAGGAGCCCCGGAGCUGAGUGUCUUCCUCUUCCUGCUGUUCCUUCUCAUCUAUGGAGUCACGGUGCUGGGCAACCUGGGCAUGAUUGCAGUGAUUCAGGUCAGCUCUCACCUUCACACUCCCAUGUACUUUUUCCUCAGCCACUUGUCCUUUGUGGAUUUUUGCUACUCCACAAUCAUUGUGCCGAAGGUGCUGUCCAAUAUCUUAAGCAAGGACAAAGCCAUCUCCUUCCUGGGAUGCAUGGUGCAAUUCUAUUUAUUUUGUACCUAUGCAAUCACUGAGGUCUUCCUGUUGGCUGUGAUGGCCUAUGACCGCUUCGUGGCCAUCUGGAACCCACUGCUCUACAUGGUCACCAUGUCCCAGAAUCUCUGUAUGGAGCUGGUGUCUGGCUGCUAUCUCUGUGGGAUGGCAUGUUCUCUGAUCCACUUGUGUUUAGCUCUUGAGAUCCCAUCCUACAGAUCAAAUGUGAUUGACCACUUCUUUUGUGAUCUACCUCCUCUCUUAUCCCUUGCCUGCUCUGAUGUCACUAUGAAUGAACUGUUGCUAUACAUCGUGGCCACCUUCAAUGAGUUCUCCACCAUUGUGAUCAUCCUCACCUCCUACUUGUUAAUUCUCAUCACCAUCCUGAGGAUGCACUCUGCAGAAGGAAGACGCAAAGCCUUUUCCACCUGUGUCUCCCACCUCACAGCCAUCCUGGUCUUCCAUGGAACAAUCCUUUUUACUUAUUUCCACCCCAGUUCUGGCAACAAUAUGGAUACUGACAAGGUGGCCACGGUAUUCUACACUGUUGUGAUUCCCAUGCUGAACCCCCUCAUCUAUAGCCUAAGGAACAGGGAUGUGAAAGAAGCUCUCAAGAAAUUGUUGGGAUCUAGAUUACCUUUUGAAAAACUAUUUUCUUAA